CUAGCAGAAGCGCCACUCGCAAUUUGUCUGAGCUGUUGACAACUUUCGUGCAGCUUGUUCAUGCCCGCGAUCAACGACUGAUGAAGCUUUGCGCCAGCUUGGACUCUUGCCGCUGAAACGCUACAUAGACGGCGAUACUAGUCCCCUUUCUCAACCCGCCUACGCGCAUGCCACUUCUUACCCUCGCUUGAUCACGACUUCAUACACUUCUCGCGGCAAGAUGCACGUUGACGAGGCAGACACACCUCUACUCAAAAAAUGGAUCGUAAAGCGACUUGAGGACAUCUCAGACGCAGAUUCUGAUGUCCUUGCUGACUACGUCCUCGCGCUCGUAAAGUCGGAUGACCCGGACGAUCAAGUCCGAGCGACUUCGUUAGAGAGUUUGGAGGAUUUCUUGAAAGAACAUACCUCAAAAUUCGUUGACGAUGUACUUCAAACCAUCCGCACAAAAUCAUAUGACUCAACAAAGCCCUAUCCUGUGAUACAGCCUCCGACCGGUCCAGCGUUCAACCCACCAAGUGGGCCGUCCGACCCGAACCGAAGGUCUAGCUUGCCAGGUCAAAAUCCACUCCACGGCUCAGCGAAUGGUGCCGGUGAUCAAUCGCGAAAAAGAAAUUUCAAUCAGACAGGACUGGGCGAAGGGCAAGAUGGUCAAUUUGGACGAGGCCCUGGUGACCGUGCAAUCAAACAAAUGCGAAGAGGUGGCAGGGGCGGCAUCCCUACUGGUCCUGCAAUGGGGACUGGGAGAGGAAACAGAGACGCGCACAUGAGUGGCCAAAGGACUUCGAUGUCUGCAAUGCCGAGCAUGCCUACGCCGCCGGGCUUUCCACCGAUCGACCCUAAUAACCCUCUGGCGGCUAUGAUGGCUAUGCAAGCUAUGGGCUUUCCUAUGCCUGGAUUUCCUGGUAUGCCUGGAGCUGGCUCGCCCUCGUUCGGUCAGACUGGAUCGUCACAGCAAAACGGUCCGCCUAAGAAGCCUGGUAAAAGAUGUCGGGACUACGAUACGAAAGGGUUCUGUGCUCUUGGCACUUCGUGUCCAUAUGAACAUGGACCAGACAGUAUAAUGGUUGGAACAGAAGAAUAUGAUCCCACGAAAGGCUCACCCGGUCAUGAACAACGACAAAACGGUUUCGACCACGCAAGAGGAAGCGAACGGGGUCGUGGAAGAGGCCGCGGCCGUGGCGACAGAGGAGGUCACAACAAGAGCAACCGUGCAGCCUUCUCACAGGCAGGACCCAAUUUUGACAAGUCAAACACAACCAUUGUCGUCGAACAAAUACCUGAGGACAAGUUCGAUGAACCAAUAGUGCGAGACUUCUUUUCGGAGUUUGGAAACAUUACAGAGAUCAAGAUGCAAGCGUACAAACACCUUGCCAUUGUUACGUUUGACGAUUACUAUGCUGCGCAGAAAGCAUACGAGAGUCCAAAAGUCAUAUUCGAUAACCGUUUCGUAAAGGUGUAUUGGUACAAGCCAGACACCGUACCGACUCCACCAAUCAACGGUCAAAAUACUAGCUCUACAAUAUCGGAAACCAAGCCUGACGAAGAGAUGAUUGACCCUGUGGAGUUCGAGAAGAGGCAAGCUGAGGCACAGAAGGCACACGAGGAGAAGCAAAAGCAGAUAGAAGCAGCCAAGAACGAGCGUGAAGAGCUCGAACGAAAAGUAAAAGCACAAGCAGAAGAGCGUAAGAAGCUCCUAGAAAAGCUCGCUGCCAAGACCGGCGGAGUUUCUGCUGGCCCUGCAGUUGGAGGUGCACAAUCGCCCACUGCUGAAGCCGCUGGCGAAGAAGGCAAGCAAUCGCAGACCGAAGCUCUCAAAGCCAAGUUGGCUGAACUCGAAGCUGAAGCUGAGCGCAUUGGACUUCCAGAUGAGCAUAGUACUGGCUUCCGGGGCCGUGGUAGAGGUGGAUACCGCGCUCGCGGCUUCCCAUCUCGAGGACGAGGAUAUGACCCCGGCUUCCGCGGUUCAUAUCGCGGCCGUGGGGCCUUCAACGGGGGCGCACGCGGUGGCGUGAUGAGACUAGAUAACCGUCCCAAAAAAAUCGUUGUCACCGCUCCGGAGCUUACGACGCCGGCGAAGGAUGAGGCAUUCCGCCAAUACCUUUUUAACAACUAUGAGUUCGAUGCCAUCGAGACCCAUCCCUCCAAGCCGAGCUCUCUCAUAGUUGGCUUCAAAGAACGUUAUAUUGCUGAGCAGUUCAUAAACUCGACAUUUGACGUCCCUAACGUUGGAAAGUUGGAGCUCACGUGGCAUAGCGGCCCUACAUCAACAACGACUACGCCGUCGGUCAAUCCUGGGAAUAAGGAGCUUGGGCUUGGGAGCGAUGUGCAUAUGAGCAGCGAAGCGAACGGGGCGGGAACAGAGGAAGCGCCGAAAGCAGAGAUGGAUUACGAUGUUGCAGAUGAUGAGGAUCAGUGGAUGGCUUCGUAAGGAACAGGGCCGCGCAAGAUGGAAAAGGGGGAAACAUUGGCAGACAUGAGAUGUAGAGGGGCUUUGUAAUAUUACCGCAUACUGGGUGGCAUAUCGUACAUUUCAGGAUGAGUUGUCCACAACCGUUGCGCACUGUAUGUGCUGUCUCCUCGACUAAGAAUAAUAUGUGACCAUUACCG